GCCGGAGGAGCAGGCAGAGCCGAGGACACCCGGCGAACUGCCGCCCGGCUCUCACGUUUAUAAAUAAUUUACUCCCAUCCACCUGUGCCCGGAAUAACAAUCUGCCGCCCGGAAUCUCCGAGCCGGUGGCGGGAGCUGCCGGGGACUCGCUUUCCCGGGACCCUCCGGACCUGUUGGGAAGGGGCCCGGGUCUCCGGAGGGACCUGCCCCCUGCGGGAAGCGGCUCCGCCGAGCGAAGGGGGAGCAUCGCUCCGGCCGCCCGCCCCGAUCCGCCGCCGCCGGCCGGGCACCGGGCGCCACAGGGCGUGCGGGCAGCUCUGCGCGGCGCCGCACCGGAUUGUCUAGGACUCUGCCUGGCGACCACAGCAGCCCCUCCACCACCAACCAAAGGUUCCAGCAUCAGCUGUUGGUGCCUGGGCAGAGCAGGAGGAUGGCAUCGCCCCAGGGACAUGGGGAGCCCCUGGGCCAGCUGGACUCCUGAGGCAGUGGCCGUGCUGCCCCAGGCUGCUCCCUCUGCCGCAGCCGUCUGAGAAGGCGGCUUUUCGUGGGGACGAGGCACCGAAGGGAUGGGCUGAACUUACGGCAGGACCCUGCACCCGGCCAGGCGGAGAUUCGGGGCCCAUUGGGAGGUGUGAAGGGCCUGGUUCCAGUAAGGGCAUGGCCAAAGCUUUCUUCAGGCUGCAGAAGUUUCUCCGUCGGACGCAGUUUCUGCUCUUCUUCCUCACAGCAGCUUACCUGAUGGCCGGCAGCCUCCUGCUGCUCCAGCGGACACGCUUGGUGAUCCAGCAAGGUUCACGUGGGACCUCUGCAAAUCAGGCCCUGCCAAUGCUGGAUGGGAUGGCGGGGGUCGGGAUGGCAGAGCCCCGGACGCUGCAAAACCCCAGUCCCAGGCUGCUGGUGGCCAUGGAGGCGAUGCAGGAGCCGGCCCUGGACCAGCGGCAUGGCCCGCGGUGGCUUGUGUCCCGCAACUCAGAGCUCCGGCAGCUGCGGAGGAGGUGGUUUCACAGGUUCAUCAGCGACCAGGAGCCCAUGCAAACAGCGGGAUUUAAAGCGAUAAAGCCCACAGCUGAGCACAAAGGCACCUACGUGGGAUGCUUCAGCGAUGAUUCCAGGGAGAGGACACUGAAGGGAGCUGUGUUUUAUGACUUAAGAAAGAUGACAGUAUCUCACUGCCAGGAAGCUUGCGCUGAGAGGGCUUACAGCUACGCGGGCCUGGCCUACGGGGCAGAGUGCUACUGCGGGAACACGCUGCCGGCCACCGCCGCCAAGGCCGAGGAGUGCAACAGCGAGUGCAAGGGGGAGAAGGGCUCCGUCUGCGGCGGGGUGAGCCGCCUCUCCGUCUACAGCGUGGAGGAGCCACGGGCGGCCGCCCGGAGACGGAGGAAUGUUAUCUAUCGAGGAUGUUUUAGAGCUCCAGAAAAUUUAACAGACACCUUUCCAGCCUCUUUGAUACAGCCCAAUUUGACGGUGGAGAUGUGCUCUGAAUUUUGCUCCAAGAAAGAGUUUCCCCUGGCCGUGCUCCGAGGGCAGGAGUGCUACUGCGGCUUCCCCACCCGCCGCUUCCCGCUGCGCCAGGGCGCCGAGGGGCUGCUCUGCGGGGGGACCCCCAACGCCAGCACCACCGCCCCCGGGAAAUACUGCCUGGUCUAUCAGACCCCGGUGCAAGACACCCGCUGCACGGACAGGAAAUUCUUAACCACCAAAUCCAAAGUGUUCGUCGCUCUGUCAAGCUUUCCUGGGGCUGGGAACACGUGGGCUCGCCAUCUGAUAGAGCACGCCACGGGCUACUACACGGGAAGCUACUACUUCGAUGGAGCCCUCUACAACAAAGGUUUUAAAGGAGAAAAAGACCACUGGAGAAGUAGAAGGACUAUCUGUGUGAAAACACAUGAAAGUGGCAAGACGGAGAUCGAAAUGUUCGACUCGGCGAUCCUGCUGAUCAGGAACCCAUACAAGUCUCUGAUGGCGGAGUUCAACAGGAAAUACGCCGGGCACCUGGGCUACGCCACCGACCGCAACUGGAAGAGCAAAGAGUGGCCGGACUUUGUGACCAGCUAUGCCUCCUGGUGGGCUUCCCACGUCCUGGACUGGCUGAAGUAUGGGAAGCGCCUGCUCGUCAUCCACUACGAGGACCUGAAGCAGAACCUCAUCCCCAAGCUGAGGGAGAUGGUGGAGUUCCUGAAUGUGACAGUGACAGAGGACCGACUGCUCUGUGUGGAGAACAACAGGGAUGGGAAUUUCAAGCGGUCUGGCACUAAGCAAAAGGAUUUUGAGCCAUUCACCCAGGAAAUGAAAGAUCUUAUCAACAGAUACAUCCUGACAGUGGACGAAGCCCUGAGGGGAAGAAACUUCACAGGGCUGCCCAGAGAGUACGUGCCAAGAUGAUACCCUGGUAGCACACUGCUGUCUUUAAAAAUAAAAUAUUUUUUUCUAAAAAAAAAAAAAGACCAGAGCUUUAUAGCAGUUAAAGCAAAAGAUACUUGUGGAGACUGCUGAGCAGUGCAAAUUCUUUCCACUCUGGGGUGUUCUUCAGGGCAAGCAGAAGGCUUGCAAUGAAGGAUGGAAAUUGGGUUAUAAACCAAGGCAAAAAGCUAUUAGUGUCUACCUGUGCCUGCCCCUCCCUGCAUAGACAGCUUGGAACCUCCCAGUGGAGCAUCCCCACUUCUGCGGCACCUUCUCACCCCCGCUGCCAUUGCAGACCUGCCGGGGGCUGCUCAGCUUCCACAGCAGCUCUGCUGGAAACGGAUGUGCGCAAACAGGAAGGGAGGGGGGGAAAAAAAGUCUUAACCCUGAUAAACAAUUUUCCUCUGAGCAUUUAAGAAAAUCAUUUGCUUUCUUCUCAGCAUAGCCCACUAGCUCAUCUCCUGGCUUCACUGGGCAGGUCACUGACACAGCAGUGGCAGAGGUGCAGGGGGGAAAAGCACCGGUGGGCGAGGGUGCCCCGGGUGCUGGGCAGGGAGAUGCUCCCUGCAGGGACAGCAAGGCUGGGGCCACAUGAGCCCUGCAGGGCAGUGGGCAGCUGCAGCAUCCCCCCACGGCGAGGUGCACGGCCAGGGAUCCAUAGGAGAAAACAGAAAUCAAGUGUGGUCAGGGAUGGAAACCCCUGGGUGUCACCAGCCCCAGGACCUGGCCCCGGGGCCGUGGAGGAGACCCCAGAGGGUGGGAGAAGAGGAGCUGCCCCCUGCCAGGAGCUUGGUACAGGUUUCUGCAACUCCAUCCCUGCGCCCACAGUCACGAUGGGGCCAGGGAGACACUGGGGCCAAAUGUCACCGCACUUGGUUCUUAGAGUGGGCACAGCCGGGGAGCACCGACACGAGCCCAGAGCACCUGGGGAGCAGAGGGGAUGAGCUGCAGUGCAGGCAGGACCUCACCCCCCUCCACCCGCUGGGAGAGCCCACCCUGAGAAGCGUUAAGGUGCUCAUUGCCGCUCUCCGGAGCCGCCCCGGCAGCCACGGUGCUUCAUCUCCAGCUCCCCCCCAUUUGUCUCAUCCCACCCGUAUUGGGGGAGCUCCAAGAUCCUUUUGUUCAUGUGAAAUAAAGGAUUCCUUAAAAACUGGACUGAAAACACUAGUUUCAAUAAAACAAGAAGUUUAGCCAACCCAAA